UCGUAAAUUCACAAAUCUAAAUGAUGUAUUUGGUCGAAGCUGAUCCCCAGUCUCAAUGUAAUCGUGAGAAAAGAUUUGUUUCCGUGUGUGUUUGUGUUAAAUUGGUCAGGAAACUUAAUUUCUAUAUAUAAAGGUUGACUUUCAGCCUUGUAGCUGAGAUGGGAAAGGAUGUCAACAUACUCGUGGGCGUCAUUGUUGGAAUUGCCGUUAUUUUGUUGGGUAUUGCAGUAGUGGUUGCUUGCUCAUUUUUCUGCUUCCGGAAAUGGAGAAAGAAGAAGUUCCCGAUCACACUCACCGCUUUUUAUCGGAGCAGGUCCUAUGAUGAAGAGGUUCCACCGACCCCAAGUAGCAUCCAAUCAGAAUCCGUGUAUUCCUUCGCAACGCCCUCUAUAGCGACAGACGGGGUUAACCCGUCAGAUACAAUAGAAUUUUCUUACGAUAAAGCUGACAGUCCUUAUAUAGAAUUACCAGCUGAUCCUAACGCAGAAAGUAAAGAGAACAGAGAAAAAUUACGUUUCUUAGACCCGAAGCGCUCGAAAUCUUGGAAAAGUGGUUGGAUAGAUCGGGUCACCCAUAUGAUUGAAGCCACUGAAACUUAUUCCAGGGCUGCCAUCCGAAGGUUAUCUGAAAUUGUUUCAGAUUCAGGGGAAAACUGUGAUAGUGAGGCGUUAGAUGAGACAAAACUGCCGACAGAGGGUAUGUCGGAAAACCCUGUGGUCGAUGUACCAACAGGAAAUGAUAUCUACGCACGCGUGAAAAAAUGACAAAAACCUUUCGUCACUGGGUUCAGUCGUUGGAGCGCCAUUAAUUUAACCAUAUUUUUCUCUCAAGAAAAUUCAUUACUGCAUGGUUGUUCUACUGAAAGCACAAUUAUUUCCAUUUUUAUAGAAUUCAUGUAAUAUGUUUCAUUUGAUAUUCCUACGUUGUGUUGUGAGUGUUCGCGUCAUUUCUGACACAUUUUAAAAUUCGUCCUUUUUA